GCUGUAUGGAGCUCUGUAUGUUAACACACUUUUCUCCUUGGAAUCGUAGAGGGGAAAUUAUGAAAUGUGUUUUCGUGGAGCAAGCCUGUCUGAUGCUUUCUUUCACUUUCUGCUGUUAAAAUCUGCCAGGAAAAGGCCAACUGCUUUUAUGAGAUUUUCAUGGGAUAUGGCUUUGUGUGAUUUAAAAUUAUUCCUUUUCCUUUGGUAUUUUAUUCUUGCUGGCAGAAGUUUUGCAAACAGCAACUAUAGAGCUUGGUUUUGUUGUUGUUUCUGUGUUCAAAAUGCUAAAUUAACACAUACAGUUCUGUAGCUGGUAUUAAUAUAUUGGGCUUUUCUCCUCUGAUCUAGAAAAGCAGUGGGGAUUUUGAACUUCUGGCCAGGCAGGAGCACAGAGUCUCCCCUUUCAGAGGCAGCCCAGGCUUGAAUUAGCUUAACACAUAACUAUAAAUCCACAGCUACAGUAAAACAGGAUAACAGUGUGAGUGUGGCUUGGGUUUUGUGGUUUGGGUCUUUUUUUUUUCAUCCUCUAUUUUGUAAGGCUGCUUGAGUACUCUGAAUGAAAUAUUUUAGGUAAGUGGCAAUUACUGCUGUUAGAGUGCUUAAGAAUUCAGGCGUGUGGUAUAUGAUCAUAGAGCUUUUUCUACAUUACAACAGUUACCCUACGUGAAGCACUGUGCAGCAGCAGAUGUUCAAUAUUCUGCUCUGAGAUACUAACCUCUUUAUGUUUAGAAUUUUUCCUGGAAAUACAAAACCCGAAGAAGGUCUGUACUAAAGUAAUCAGAGAGUUGGCAUGUAGAGGCAGAAGAAAAACAGUAACAUGUUAUUAUGAUGGUCGAAGAGAAAUUCAAAACCCUGCCUGGUUUUGUAAACUUAUUAAUUUGAAUGGGCAGAUGUUUCUCCUGUGUAUUUUCUCUGUGUCCUUCUCUGUGUAGUACUUAAGAGUAUUUUGCCUUACAGCAACCUUUCGUUGUAGAGUAAUGGGACCUGUCUGUCAGUGUCUGUUGUGUUCUGUUGCCUUGGGAUUCAGGUUUUAAGCCGUCCUCCAAAACCACUACUCUUUAUGCAGUGUAACUUAUGUAAACUGGAACAGAAUUAAAAUAAUUCACUGUACAAAGCUGAGUCAGGUUUUGUGCAUCCAAAAUACAAACCUCCCUGAGUCAGGGUUUGGAUUUUGUUGUUUGCUUUCCUAAAACACUGUGUAUAUUAUGUUUCUAGGUACAUGCGUCCAUGAAACAAGAUGGAGAGAAGAUAGUAUAGCGAAGUGUCGGACUGGUGGUGUAUGGACAGAAUGGCUUUCCUGGACAACCCUACUAUUAUACUUGCUCACAUUCGGCAGUCACACGUGACCAGUGAUGACACGGGGAUGUGUGAAAUGGUCCUGAUAGAUCACGAUGUUGACCUGGAGAAGUUUAAUCCCUCAUCAACAUAUGGGGACAGUGGUUCAGAAACACAGGGAAGCAAUGGUGAGACUCAGGGCUAUGUAUAUUCCCAAUCAGUCGAUAUUACCUCAAGCUGGGACUUCGGAAUCAGAAGACGAUCAAACACAGCUCAGAGACUAGAACGUCUGCGGAAAGAGAGACAAAAUCAAAUAAAAUGCAAAAAUGUUCAGUGGAAAGACAGAAAUACUUCUUACUCAGCAGAGGAGCUGAGCUCACUAUUUGAAAAGAAGAAUUUCCGAGUAAAAUCUCCAUCUUCUGGGAAGCAGUCAAUACUGUCUGUGCGACUGGAACAGUGUCCGCUGCAGCUGAAUAACCCCUUCAAUGAGUACUCAAAAUUUGAUGGCAAGGGUCAUGUUGGUACAACGGCAACCAAAAAAAUUGAUGUCUACCUCCCACUGCACACAAGCCAAGACAAACUACAGCCCAUGACAGUUGUGACGAUAGCAAAUGCCAAGGUGCAUGACCUGAUUGGACUAAUAUGCUGGCAAUAUACAAGUGAGGGACGGGAACCAAAACUGAACGACAACGUCAAUGCCUACUGUCUCCAUAUUGCCGAGGAUGAUGGUGAGGUUGACACAGAUUUUCCACCCUUGGAUUCCAAUGAACCCAUUCACAAGUUUGGCUUCAGCACUUUGGCACUGGUUGAAAAGUACUCGUCCCCUGGCCUGGCAGCCAAACAGUCGCUCUUUGUGCGCAUAAAUGCUGCUCAUGGAUUCUCACUUAUUCAGGUGGACAGUAUGAAGGUCACCAUGAAGGAUAUCUUACAAAAGGCCUUAAAGAGAAGGAAGGGAUCACAGAGAGGCUCAGGUCCUCAGUAUCGGCUGGAGAAGCAGAGUGAACCUAAUGUCCCAGUAGAUUUAGACUGUACCUUGGAGAGCCAGAGCACUUUGGAAUUCUGCCUUGUCCGGGAGAACAGUUCAAGAGGAGAAGAGGUCUCGGAGGAGGACCCUCAGAUCGAUAUAGCUACAGUUCAGGACAUGCUCAGUAGCCACCAUUACAAGUCCUUCAAAGUCAGCAUGAUCCAUAGGCUUCGAUUCACCACUGAUGUUCAGUUAGGUAUUUCUGGAGACAAGGUAGAGAUAGACCCUGUUACUAAUCAGAAGGCCAGCACUAAGUUUUGGAUUAAGCAGAAACCCAUUUCAAUCGAUUCUGAACUCCUCUGUGCCUGUGACCUUGCGGAAGAAAAAAGCCCAAGUCAUGCAAUAUUUAAACUUACAUAUCUAAGCAAUCAUGACUACAAACACCUUUACUUUGAAUCAGAUGCUGCUACUGUCAAUGAAAUUGUACUGAAGGUUAACUAUAUACUAGAGUCGCGAGCAAGCACAGCCAGAGCAGAUUAUUUUGCUCAGAAACAAAGAAAACUGAGCAGGAGAACAAGCUUUAGCUUCCAGAAGGAGAAGAAGUCGGGACAGCAGUGACACUUAGCCUCGAGGAGAGCCUGACUGCCGCGUUGGGAGGAGGAGAUGCUCCCCACCACCCGAGACAGGUGGGAGCCAGGACUGCGGAGCUCCUGCUGCCAACGGGCAGGAGCAGCGGGGAGAAACCUGCAUUAUCCCGUGUCUCACGGCUGGAAGAUUAUCCCUCGGUGGUGAUGGGAAGUCUUCCCUGUGACAAAAAUAAAGAGCCAUAUCAGCCGGAGAGAAGACUGUUACGCUUCAGGUUCCUUUGAUUAGAAAUAAGAGAAUGACGUAGACUGGCAUCAUUUAAUUACUGUAUUAUGUACAAUCACAAGAAGAGAUGUGAUUACAUAUUAUUUCACAGCCUGGUUAAAAUAAAUUAUAUACAUCUGUAAUACACCCACGUACACACAGGUAUUGCUUGUGACAUGAUCAAAUUUCUAAAAACAAAAUGUAGGACAAAUGUAUCCAUUUUUACUAUUAAUAAACAGAUGUAAUCUUUUUCAAGGUCCAUAUGAUGCACAGUUCUUUUGGGGGGAGGCUGUAGUCCCAGAUGGUUCCACUUCUGUUGCUGAAGUGCAGGAGGCAACCGUGAGCCAGGGAACAGCAGCCAUUGCAGGGGAGCCCAUUUGUGAAGAAACGUUGAGACAGUCGAGUCUGUCGUGGUUUGUUUUGUUCAGAAAUGCUUUUAUUUAACUGUGCUUUUCAGCGCUGCAUACGUGUUAUCAGAGGUCACUGCCUGUGGUCAGCACCGUGUUUUGAAACCCAAGGCAGCAUCUUCAUGGUCGAAGCAGGAGCAUCCUCUUGCCCAUUGGAGUGCACUGGGAUCUGCCCUUCCUCGCUGAGACCUCUUGCACCUGAGGACUGAGAAAUGCCUUCACCUUUUCUUAGUAUAAUUCUUUAAUAAUAAAAAUUAAGACCUGCUUUGUACUGGGAUUUGUAACUGUUCUGGCCUUGUCCAUCCUUAGUACAUCAGGGAACACAUGAAAGGGAUUGCUGGGAACCAGACCUGCAUUUUUGGUUCAGUUCACCAGAGGUGUCUUUCCUUAAAUCUCUCCAAGUCACUGAAGCUGGAGCUCUCUGCACAGCUCCUGUGGAUUUAGUAUCAAGAACAAGCCUGGGCUGGCUGCAGUGCUGCGGGUCCGGGGCAGAGCAGGCUCCUUCCUGCCGCCCAGCUCAGCCUCUUACAGCCUCUCACCCUGCUUUUGUAUGGAGAAAACUUGCUGAGCCUUAACGUGUGCUUUAGGAAUUAACACUGAGGCUGAGAGGGCUGUUUGUCACUUACCUGUUGCGUUCAAGUUCUUGGUUUUUAAAGGUUUAUCCCUCCCGGCGCCGGUGUCGGUGCUGCCCCCGAGGGGAGCCCUGCCCGCACCACAGAGGCCAGUCUUCACUGUACAGUCUUCCAUGAUACCUGCAGAACAAGAGAAACAAUAUUUUAUAGUGUGAUAUUAAAUUUUUUUAUAUUUAUAUGUGCAAAUGCAGCACAGAUGCAAUGGGGAAAGACCCUUCAACUAAUGCCAAUGUAAAUGGACUCCUUUAACCAACUUUGUGAACUAUUUAACAUUAAAGUUGUUAUGUGAAUGUU